GCGCGCAGGCGCCGGCCCGGGCGGGCCGGGUUGUUUGUGACGGCGUCAGCGGCGGCCGCGGCCCCUCGUCCGUGCCGGGCCCCGCCGGGGCCGCGCUCAGUGUGUUUUGAAAAAUGUCUGAAAAUUCCAGUGACAGUGAUUCCUCCUGCGGCUGGACUGUCAUCAAUCAUGAGGGUUCUGACAUAGAGACAGUGACUUCAGAAAAUGGAAGCACAAAUGAUAAUCAUGAGUUUGUUUCAGAAGAAUAUGUUUCUUUGCAAGAAGAGGAGCAAGCAGUUGAUUUGCAAGCUCAGUGCAGCAAUGAUGAAGAGAUACCAGUGGUAGAUAACACUGUGUCUGGAUUUGAGGAAACUCAGACAGUUCCAGAGGAGAAGAAACAAAAAAUUCCUGACGAUGGGUCCUGCGUUGGAACUAUUAGUGAUGAUUCUGACAUUGUUACACUUGAAGCUCCAAAACCAGAAGAAACUCAGAGUCAGGAGGAAGCUCCAGCAGAUGGUGAAGAAGCUCAGAGUUCAGAGGAUUUUAACAUGGGUUCCUCCUCUAGCAGUCAAUAUGCAUUUUCCCAUGUAGAAACUGUUUUUCCAUCUCAGGCCAGCAGUGAGGAAUCCAGCAGUGACGAGACCAGCAGCCAGUCCAGUCCGGCCGUGCGGAAGCGCCGCGCUCGGAAGAGGUUGGUGUCCAGCUCCGAGGCCGAGGGCGCGGCUGAGCCGGAGGCUGAGCCCCCCAGGGAGGAGCAGCACCAGCGCCAGUUCAGCAGUGGCCUUAACAGAUGCAUCGUGCUGGCCUUGGUGAUUGCAAUCAGCAUGGGCUUUGGGCACUUCUAUGGUACAGUCCAGAUCCAGAAACGGCAGCAGCUGGUGACAAAGACACGUGAAUUCAAAGAUAUGAAAGAUGACCUUUACCAGUGCCAACAAGAGCAAGGAGAUCAAGUGCACCACAAAGUGGGGUCACUCAAGGGAGAUCUUGCCACGUGUUUGACCUUUAAUGAGGUGGAGAAGAAAUCCUUCGAUUCUCAAAAAAAAAGCCUUGCUGCAGAAAAUCAGCACUUAAGAGAAUCUCUAGAGAGGGAAGAAAAAGCUUUGGCCUCACUUCAGGAAGAAUUAAGGAAGCUAAGACAACAAAUUAGAAACUUAGAAGAUAAAGGCACUAGCACUGAAUCUAUUGUAAUGGAAAAUCAGAAACUGAGGGAACAUUUGGAAGAGGAAAAGCAAAGAAACAACAAUUUUCUCAGGCAAAAGGAAACACUCUUUGCAGAGGCACAGAUGUUAAGGCGAGAACUGGACAAAGAACGUCAUGUUACAGAAGCUCUGAAAAAAGAACUGGAACAGUUAAGUUCUCGUCAAACACCUGACGGUGCUAAUGAUGAUGAUGAUGAUGAUGAUGAUGAUACAGUAAGAGAAAACCAGGAAAUAGAAACUCUACGAGGAAGACUAAUAGAACUAGAGAAAAAGCUCAACUUCGAGCAACAACGCUCUGAUUUAUGGGAGAAGCUGUAUGUUGAAGCAAAAGACCAAACUGAAAAACAAGAAAUUUUUAAUGAAUAUGGACAAAAGAAAGGUGCUAAAGGGCAAAGUAAGACUAGAAAGAAAUCAAAGGAAUCAUUUUUUGGUUCAGUUAAAGAAACUUUUGAUGCUAUGAAAAAUUCCACGAAAGAGUUUGUAAGACACCAUAAAGAAAAGAUUAAGCAGGCUAAAGAAGCAGUGAAAGAAAACUUGAAAAAAUUCACUGAUUCUGUAAAGUCUACAUUCAGACACUUCAAAGACAGCACAAAAAACAUCUUUGAUGAAAAGGAGAAGUCAGCAAAUGAUAAAAGAUACGAGGCACACAAGAAAGCUCGAACUUUUUACCGAGACCAUAACUCCUACGAGAAUCAGAAGCACACACAUUACAGGGGACCCCACAUGCCAAAAGAUUUCAAAAGUGGAAGAAAACAUCAUUUUACAACAUUUGAAAAAGAUGCAGAUUCUCAGAAGUGUCUCAGUGAUGACUUGUGUAAUAGAAAACACCACUUUGUCCCAAAGGGCUGCUCUGGUAUUUUUGAAUGUGCUCAUCAGGAAUUCAUUAGUCUCUUUAACAGAGUAUCGGAUCCUAUCAGGGUGGAUGAAUUUAAUCGGCUAAUGAAGAAGUAUUUGCAACAAGUUGUACAUAACUUUCAUCACUGGAGAGAGCUAGAAAAUUUCAUCAAUAAGUUUUUUCAUAAUGGGUUAUUUAUACAUGACCAGAUGCUGUUCACUGAUUUUGUCAAUGAUGUCAAGGAUUACCUGGAAGAUAUGAAGGAAUACCAGAGUAAUAAUGAGAAGGUUUUUGAGGAUUUGGACAAAUACGUCUACAGAUACUACUUUCAUUAUGAUAAUUCACCCCAGUAUGGACCCAGUCGACCUAAAAGACCUUCUUUUACACAAACUGAAAAUUCCAGACAUGAAAAGCAAGCUCAGAAGUACCAUCACCGUAAUAAAAGAGAAGGUAAAUGGCAUAAACAUGGUCGCACUAAUGGAAGACACAUGGCAAACCUUGAAAUAGAAUUGGGGCAACUACCCUUUGAUCCAAAAUAUUGAGUAAUUUAUUGUAAAAAUAAGAUUAGAAUUCACAUCCUCUCUGGAAACUAAUCGAUUUUCAACAAAGCAGCAAGAUGCAAGUUUUUUUUUUCUGAAUAAUUUGAUUUUUACACAUUUUUGUUAACAGGCAGAAGUCAAGCUUUCUAAUUUGCAUAUUCUGUACCGUUGCUUUAACUGUUCUUUGGAAGUGAUGAUAGUUUGGGGUGCCAGCAGUAUUGUUGCAGAAACUAGGCAUGCAAUGACUUGUGUAUGAAAAAUAUGCUUAAUUGCAUUCCAGUAGCGUAGCUGAAGCUUGAACCAUGCAUAAUGUACCAGCUAUUAACUCCAAUGUUUGAUAUACUAACUUCAUCUCAUCUUUCAAAAAAUAAGUCUACAUUGUGGUAAUGUAUUUGUUAGUGCUUGUAACCUUAUAUUUGCUUCCUGUCUUCGGGGGGUGGUUCCAGAGCCUAUUGAAUUGUGAAGAAUUUGCUGUGCUGCAUUCUAAUCAGCUUGCUGAUUUAAACACUUGAAAUGUCUUGCAUAUCUGCAUAUUGUAGAAGAAAAAUAAAGAGACAUUGUGGGUAAAAGUCUUUAUUUAUAAAACAAACUUAGCAUAGCUGUACAGUUCUAUAAAAAUGGUCCAAUCUUGUCUAUUUUUUAAUUGUGUAAGUAUUUAUAUGGUAACUUUGGUCUUCCCAAUGUUUUCUAGUGUUGUAAGGUAGGUCAGCAACCCCACCCUGCCCUGCUGCUGCUGAAGUUGCCUUUGGGAGGGGGUUUCUGUGUUUCCAGACAGCCAGUGGCUGCCUGAUCAGAAUUCCCUUCAACUUACCCAGUUUCAGACUCACUACUCUCUCCUUUCUGCAGUAUGAGAUCUUCUAAGCACAGUUACUGCUGUGCAAAACUGAUCUCAUUAGCUCUCAGUUCUAGAAACUCUUCAGGUAUGAUUCAUUUCAGCUAAUCUCCUGUAAACAAAGAUGUGGCUUCCAACUCGUCCUUGAGGCACAUGAGUAUGAAAGACAGUGGCUGUUUUCUCAUAGCCCCUUAAAGCCAGAAAUGGUGAUAUUUCCUGUGAACAAACACACAUCAGUUUACAGUCAGAAAGUGCAGUUGGGAGCAUAAGAACCAAAGUCUUCUGAAAGCCAUCAGUUCAACUGUCCCUGGGAAGCUUUAUCCUUUAUUUUAGGAAAGCCUGCUAGGAAAAGAAGUACCUAUCCUGUUUGAUCCUGUCCGGAGUGGAUAUUCACCAGACACCACUGUUUGAGUGCAUGGACUUCAUUAAAGACUUGAGAGGGUAAAAGGUACUGUGACUGCAGGCAUUUUUGCCUUUCACUGUUGCUUAAAAGUGCAAGGUCUGGGAACAGAUGGCACAUUUGUUUUAAUAUGGAUUGAGGAGAAUUCCAUAAAACAUUACUUUGUGGCAUGAAUUCUCACAGAGGAGAGGGCAUAUAUGAACAUUAAGUAUUUAUCACUGGAGUGGUAUCAAUACCCUAUGUGCUAGAGGGUUCAAUUUUAAUUUAAGCUGUGUUUUAUUAAAAAAUUGUGGACAAUAAUGUUCAAAAAUCUUAACUGUAACUCUCCCCUAAUUUAUUUUGUAUCCUCAAAAGUAGUUUAUUUCAUCUUGCAGUUACCAUACCUGUUCUAGCACAUUGAAGAGGAUCAAGUGACUGGGUAAUAACGUGUCAUUGUAAAACUCCUUAUUGAGCCAGCCAAGUGGAUUAGAGUAAAACACAUCUGCUUCAUCAGUAUAGUUCUCAUUGCCACUUAGGUCUGGGGGACACUGAAGGAAUCUCAUUUUUAGAGGACAGUGAACGUGACUAGGGAGAAAAACAAAAACACGUUUCAUGAUAAACUGAUCAGUAUCUAAGAUUUGAAAUAACUCAUCACUUUAAAAGAUACCUCAGUCAAAACCAAAAUUUGAUUAGGUUUUUUUCCUCUCAGUCAUAUUUUCUUCCCUUUGAUACUUCAUACGAAAGCAAAGUAAAACAAGCAGAUUCAGCUCCAAAUUGCUGUGACUGUGUUGUUUGCAGUUCAGAGAAAUUUUAUCGUAAUAAAAAUACCAUCUGCACAACAUCAGUUUCUUAAAAAGAUACUUUUCCAUAUCAGCUUCACUUUAACGUUUUGUUUACUUGCCAGGAUCUACUGCACAAGCUUUUGGAAUAGUGAUCUCAGUCACUGUAAUUGUAUUUCUUUACUGCCUAGCAGCAGAAGUAAAUGUAAAAUUAAUACAGUUUGAUUGUAACAAUUAGUACCAUAAUGAAGCAGUGUGAUGUACUUGGAGAAGUCAUUAGAUUAACUGCAUAUCCUCAUACAAAGCUAUUACAAAAACGAAUAAAGCUCAGAUGCUGAAUUUUAUUCUGUGGUAUAAACAUUUGGCUUAUGUCCCCUAUUUGUUCUUUAUUAACUGUAUGAAAAAUCAAAACUCUUCCUGUAUAAAUUUAUCUUUCUCAAUUAAGCUCUAGAAAAAGAAAUCUCAAUUUCUGAUAAAGUGUAUGGAUUUUAAUAUAGUGCACUGUUAACUCUUUCAAUACCUGUAAAAUGGAGUAGAGUGGCACGGCAUCAUGAUGAAGACAAAGGCUUGGGACUGGUCAGAGUUAUGACAGAGUUGCUGUAUGUGACUCAUAACAUCCAGAGUGCCUCGCUGGUGAAUCAAGCCUGUAUACAGGGCUGGGAGUAGAUUGGAUAAGAGCAGGAAACUUGCUGCAGAUUUCUUCCAUACUUUCAGCUGUUUCAAAGAAUAUCCUGUAGAAACAUUUGAGUAAGUCUGGGAGAUAAGCAAGUACUAAAGUUUCACACAUUUUUGAAAGUACCAUAAAAUACUGGCAAACCAUUACUCAGUCAAUAACAGUAUUUUGCUUUGAGAUACUUUACUACAGUGUUCUUUGAGUCUUUACUCUUUGAAUGGAAAUUCAAAGUUAGACUUUGCCCUUUUCAGCUCUUGGAUUUAACAGGGUAAAUCUUAAGCUGACACCUGUCUUCUGAAGUACAGAAAUACUAUUUUCAAACCAGUGCUUUGUCUCUUUAGACUUUAGAAUUUAAUUUCAUAUAGUGAAAACCAGUCCAUUCAAUAGUUUGGAUGAAUGGCAUGUGGCAGCUUACUGCUGUGUUCUGAUUCACGCAUGUCUGAGUAGAGUCAGAAUAAAUGGUCCUACAUGUA